GUUGAAGAUAAAAAUAAAACCUCUGGCAUACUUUCCCGGGGAAAUAGGACACCAAGUUGUAAUUCCUAUCCACGGAAGGAGAGAUGUUUGUCCAGUUAUUAUGCACAGUUUUAGUCAUCGUCAACCUCUGUGAUGAAGUUUCUGCAGCAGGACGUCCACGCCAUAUUGUCUUCAUCGUGGCGGAUGAUCUCGGAUGGAACGAUAUUGGCUUUCAUAACCCCGAUAUGAUCACACCCAACAUCGACAAGCUGGCAACAGAAGGCUUGAUACUGAAUCAUUCCUAUGUUCAACCGCUCUGCAGUCCGUCGAGAAGUGCCUUCAUGUCCGGCUACUAUCCCUUUAAGACAGGUCUGCAGCACUUGGUCAUUCUGAAUUACCAGCCAGUCUGCCUACCCCAGAACAUCACUAUCCUGCCACAGAAACUAAAGGAGCUUGGAUAUGCAACACACAUCGUCGGCAAGUGGCACAAUGGGUUCUGUAGUUGGAAUUGCACACCGACGUACCGUGGCUUUGACAGCUUCUUCGGCUACUACAACGCCCAGGAAGACUACUACACCCACGUCACUGGUGGUUUCCUUGACUACCGUAACAACACCAGCCCCGAGAAGACCGACAACGGCACUUACUCAACGUUCCGGUUCACUGACGUAGCUACCGACAUCAUUCAGCGUCACAACAAGAGUCAGCCUUUGUUUCUGUACCUGCCAUUCCAAGCCGUCCACGCACCUAUUGAGGUUCCCGCAAAGUAUGAAGCAAUGUAUCCAAACAUAAAAACAGAAGAUCGUCGAAAGUUUUGCGGAAUGGUCUCUGCUCUUGAUGAAGCAGUUGGUAACAUAACCAAAACAUUGACAGAUAGUGGGUUAAUGGACGACACCCUGAUUCUGUUCACUGCCGAUAAUGGUGGCUGGAUCACAGAACACGGGAACAACUACCCUCUGCGCGGAGGCAAGUUUACCGUGUACGAAGGCGGAACGAGAGCAGUGGGCUUCAUACAUGGAUCGGGUCUCCAAAAGACUGGAACUGUGUUUGACGGGAUGAUCCACGCCGUAGACUGGCUGCCCACCCUGACAGCAGCUGCCGGGGGGACCCCAGUGUCAGACCGUGACGGCAUCAAUCUGUGGCCUAGUCUCAGCACAGCCUCCCCGUCCCCCCGCACUGAGGUCGUCUACAACUACGACUCACACGUCCUCCCCACUGAAGGACAUGCUGCCAUCAGAGUGGGUGACUACAAACUAAUCGAUGGCUACCCGGGACUCUACCCUGACUGGUACAAGCCUGAACAAGUCACAUCUGACCUGAACAUCACCCACAUCAGCGAUUGGGCCAAUACGUAUCAGCUGUUCAACUUGAAAGAUGACCCGACCGAGCACAACGACCUGUCCACCUCCCAUCCAGACAUCGUGAAGCAGCUAGCCGCCAGACUGGCCUGGUAUGAGAAACAAGCGGUGCCAGCAAAUUUCCCUGCCCUGCCCGACCCCAAGAGCAACCCUGAACUAUACGGCAAUGUCUGGUCUCCUGGCUGGUGCUAAGAUCUUGUCUUUUUAUACAACCAUGGAAUAAAGUCGUUAUUUCAAUACUGUU